AUGUUCAAGCUUUCUUUCCUACUUGUUGCCCUCAUCUCCGUCAUCGCCUCUGUCACUGCUGACAAGCCCAAGGCUCUUCGAAGAUUACAAACUGCUGCCCCAGUUGCUGUUCCAGUCGCCGUCGUCACCGCGCCUAUUGCAGUACCCGUUGCUGCUGCCAGUAAGAGCAGCAAGAGCAGCAAGAGCAGCAAGCGACAACUUGUCCACUACAACACUCCAUACGAGUCGUAA